CCUCUAUCUGGAUCCAUCAGUGCAAGCCAAACAACGUACAACUUGGGACGGAUUUCCUUCCGGAAAGUCUUCUAUUACUUCUACUAACAUGACACUUGAAGAUCUCAUCGAAGAUAUUGGGUCCUUUGGACGUUUCCAGAUCCUGAUAAUUCUCAUCGCUGGUACCCCAAAGAUGUUAUUUGGGUGGAGCAUGGUUAUCCCCGUGGUGGCCGGGGUGGUCCCUGACUGGUGGUGCGUGCCGGAGGGUCAGGAUCUCAACACCACCAUGGGGAACUCGUCGGUGUACAAGCAGUGUCCUGUCGCCAACAAUACCUGUAUCAGGGUGUACUCGGAUUCCAUGGUAACAGCUGUCUCCCAGUGGGACCUGGUCUGUGAGAAGGGACAGGUCAGCAAGACCAUCGCAUCACUCCAGAUGGCCGGUGUCAUGGUGGGCGUGGCCUUAGCGGGACAGAUCUCGGACACAUUUGGACGAAAGAAAAUUUUCUUCCUGAACAUGGGACUUCAUUCAGUCUUUUGUUUCAUCGGAGCACUUUCUGUAUCCUGGCAGAUGUACGCCGCCGUACGUUUCCUGGUUGGCAUGACUAUUGGGGCCUUUUUAGGAACUAGCAUCCCCCAUUUGAUGGAGUUCAUGGGCUGCAAAUGGAGAGCGGUUGUGACUGCUUUACCAUUGUGGCCUGUUGGUGGGAUCUUGUGUGCCUUCUUUGGAUAUCUAAUUCCUAACUGGAGAUACCUUCAUGUCGCCAGUGGAGUUUUAUCUGCACCGUUUUUAUUUGGAUGUUUCUUUGUCCCUGAGAGCAUGCGCUGGUUGACUGUAAAAGGUCGUUUGGAUGAGGCUGAGGCUGUUGUCGAUCUCAUUGCUCGACACAACGGACGCACGAAACCAGAGAACACUAGAUCAAGGCUGGAAGAUGUGGCCAAGAAAGAGUUGGAGAAACGAAAAACAUACACAUAUCUAGAUACUUUUCACGGAUGGAUUAUGGCGAAAAAGACCAUACUAUGUGCAUUCAUUUGGUUCACCUGUUCUGUGACGUACUAUGGAAUGAUGUUCGGCGUCCACAGUCUCUCUGGCGAUGUUUUCCUCAACAUCAUCCUCCUCCAACUGGUGGAAAUUCCGGUCUACGUGUCAACCUUCUGGCUCAACAACAAGUUCGGCAGAAAAUGGACGGCUUUUGGCUUCUUGUUGCUAGCAGGAUUUGCAAUGUGCGGGUCCCUCGGGGUCUAUUUGGCGUCUGACAGAGGAAUUAUAGUCAAUGUUCUGGCCCUUGUCGGAAAGUUCGGAAUUGGAGGCGGAUGGAUGGUCAUGUACCUAUUCACUAACGAGAUAUACCCAACUGUUAUCAGGUCUCUUGGAUUCGGCGUGUGCCAGACAGCAUCAAGGAUAGGAGGAGUUGUUGCGCCAAUGUUGCUGCUGAUGGAUGAAAACAACAUAUUGGUACCAUUUAUCGUGAUGGGAGGCAUGCUAAUGAUCAGCUGUGUAUGUCUGGUCUUACUUCCGGAAACCAAAGACACGCCCCUCCAGGACUCACUUCGACAUCCGGGUACCCUGGGUCAUAGGUCAGAGUCAAAGACCUUUGACUUAACAGAAAGGUGCAACAGCGAAACGGAACAGAUCUGACCAAACAGUGUAUUGCGAUCCUUUGCUUGUGUGGGAAGGUUGACUUUAACAUAAAAUCA